AUGGGGGAAAGCACAGGGGAUCACGUAGCUCAGAGCGAUCCUUGGUCGGCAGUUUGCUCGUACGAACAACCGGAACUCGCGUCUACUCCUCUCGAGCCUUCGAUGUUCAUAGCGUGCUCAUGGGAGCCAUCGUUGUUUUCUCAGCCUGCUAGCAGGCAAAUGAUAGCCCACGAACGUACCCUUUAUCCAGAAUCAAAUGACUAUACCUCAACGUUACUGCUUCCCCAGGAGAAUACCCCUUUCGACAAUGUGUUUCUGGCUCGUCGCGACUUCCUGAAAGCCAAUAUCACCUCGUCUCCGCACCCUUUGCCCGAGAAUGACACAAGCCAAAUGACGCUAUCCAAACAAGCCCCAAGUCCUGGUCAUAAUUUCGCCGCUGCCUCGCAGUUUCAGGUGCCAUAUAGCUUACAAUCCUCCCAGAAAAGCCAUACACAUAGCAGAGAGAACGCAACUAGCCCUCUGCAUCUCGACUACCCUCGUGAAAGAAAGAUGAUGACACGCCUUUUACCUGCAUUAUCGCAUACUAGCAGCGGAAGUCGGAAUAAGCCCCUGAGAUAUGGAUGUACAGAACAAGAUGGAAUUUACGACAAGCCCUAUGCCUACCUUUUAUAUGAGGCGCUUCGUUCUGCGAAGGACCACAGGUUAUCUUUGCAAGAGAUAUACCGCUGGUUCGAAGACAACACAAACAAGGCGAAUGACCCAAAUUCGAAAGGCUGGCAGAGUAGCAUCCGUCAUAACCUAUCCAUGAAUGAAGCGUUCGUUUUGUACAACGAAACAUCUGUCCGGGGAAAGCCAAAGAACAACUACUGGACACUCACAGAAGAUGCCCUCCAGAAUGGUGUCCAGUCAACGACACGCUACCGCGGUUCCGUUUCUAAGAGACCUCCCAGGCUUGAGACCAUGAUGGCGCAACGAAAUGAGCCCGGAAGAAAGGGAGGAAACGCAUCAAGAUUUGCGUCGAAAUUCCGGCGCAUGAACCAUUUCUCGGAAGCAGAAACUAUUGAACAGCCUCUGUUAGACCAGAGGUUUGAUAUGCUUCCGAACGAGCCGCAUUCAGGGGUUGGUAUGCAUGGUCUAUAUCGCCAGGGUUCAAGCAUCUUCAGUGUUCCCAUCCCCAUCCAAAGAUGGACUUCAGGGACAUCUGGAAGCCCACAGGCUGAUCUUGUAAGGAGUCAAGGGCCGCUUGAUAGUCCACAUGGUCAGGGCCUUCCUUAA